AAAAAGUGAAAGAAAAUUGGAAAAAAAAAAUCAGAGCUGUUCUCUCUUUCUCUCUCUACGCUUCCCUAUAACUCCCCUCUCUCUAGAUUUCUCCUUCAAAAACCCAGUCUUUGUACCUGCAUUCUCGUUCACAAUUCAAUCCAAAUCUCUCUUAUUUUCAUUGAAUUGAUUUGAAGCAAGUUUCUAUUGUAGAGGUUGUGGGUGGAGCUCAGAUGGGUAUGCUUUGAAUUGGGGAUUUGACUUGGUUGGCAUUUGGGUUUCUUGGCGUUUGGUGUGGCAAUGGCGACUGCAGAGGAUGGAGUAUUGGAUUUCUCUGUGGCUUCUGUCGUUGAGGAUGUUCUUCAGCAGCAAGGGAAUCGAUUAAGUGAUGUUGAUUUGGCGUCCAGGAAGGCCGAGGAGGCUUCUUUGAGAAGGUAUGAGGCAGCUGGGUGGCUAAGAAGGAUGGUUGGAGUUGUUGGAGGUAGAGAUUUGGCAGCAGAGCCUUCCGAAGAGGAAUUCAGGCUCGGGUUGCGGAGUGGAAUAAUCCUUUGUAAUGCCCUCAACAAGGUUCAACCAGGAGCUGUGUCAAAGGUAGUGGAAGGCACAUAUGAUUCUGUUGUUACACCUGAUGGAGCAGCUUUAUCUGCAUUCCAGUACUUUGAAAACGUGAGAAACUUCCUUGUGGCUCUGGAGGAAAUGGGGCUUCCUUCGUUUGAAGCCUCUGAUUUGGAACAGGGAGGCAAAUCUGCAAGGAUUGUGAAUUGUGUUCUGGCACUUAAAUCUUAUUACAACUGGAAACAAGGAGGAGGAAAUGGAUCAUGGAAAUAUGGUGGGACUUGCAAACCCCCCAUCUCUGGGAAACAGUUUGCAAGAAGAAAUUCAGAGCCAUUCGUGAAUUCCUUUUCAAGGAGCUCAUCAAUAAGUGACAGGUCUCUAGAUGGUUUCUCCAACGAGCAAUUCCUAAACAGUGAUCUUGGCAAUGACCCGAGUGAAAUGAAUACCUCUCGCCCCUUCAAUACUCUUGUCCGUGCAGCGCUUUCUGAUAAGAAGCAAGAAGAAAUUCCAAAUAUUGUGGAAUCUUUGCUGAGUAAAGUUAUGGAGGAGUUUGAGAUUCGUUUAACGAGCCAAAACGAGCUGAUGAAACCAACUCCUAAAGAUGCAGCUGUAUCUGGUUUGAACAAUUCUCUUUCACGAACUGCUUCAGGUGAACACAAUUCUCUUUCAAGAUCUGCUUCUGGUGAAAACAAUGCUCUCUCGCAAUCUGCCCCAGGUGAAACUAAGAUGGAGGAAAAGGCUUCAACACAGAUAAUAAAAGAGGAGUGCUACAAUCAAGAUGAUACCCAUGAUGAGGAAUCAGAAAGGCCAUUUCUGAAACAGCAACUGUUGUUUGAACAACAACGGAGAGAUGUUCAGGAACUGAAACAUACUCUUCAUUCUACAAAAGCUGGUAUGCAGUUUAUGCAAAUGAAAUACCAUGAGGAAUUUGAAAAUCUAGGCAACCACUUGCAUGGUUUAGUUCAUGCCGCUUCAGGAUACCGGAGAGUUCUUGAAGAAAACCGGAAAUUAUACAACCAAUUGCAGGACCUUAAAGGAAGUAUUAGGGUUUACUGCCGAGUGCGACCCUUCUUGGAUGGACAACCGAAGUGUUUGAGCUCUGUGGAUCAAAUAGAAGAAGGAAGUAUUUCAAUCAUCACCCCAUCAAAGUAUGGGAAAGAGGGCCGGAAAUCUUUCAAUUUCAACAAAGUUUUUGGUCCAUCCGCAACCCAAGAGGAGGUAUUUUCAGACACCCAGCCUCUGAUUCGGUCUGUUCUUGAUGGUUAUAAUGUUUGUAUAUUUGCAUAUGGCCAAACGGGAUCAGGAAAAACUUAUACUAUGACUGGACCAAAAGAACUUACAGAGGAAGGCCUAGGCGUGAACUACAGGGCAUUAAGCGACUUAUUUCAUCUCUCAGAACAGAGAAAGGGCACCCUUCACUAUGAAGUUUCUGUUCAAAUGAUUGAAAUUUACAAUGAGCAAGUUAGGGAUCUCCUUGUGACAGAUGGUCUUAACAAGAAAGUAGAAAUCCGUAACAGUUCUCAGAAUGGAAUAAAUGUACCUGAUGCAAACCUUGUACCUGUUUCAUCAACAUCGGAUGUUAUUUAUCUGAUGAACCUAGGGCAAAAGAAUCGUGUAGUGAGUGCUACAGCGCUUAAUGACCGAAGCAGUCGCUCUCACAGUUGUGUGACGGUUCAUGUUCAAGGAAGGGACCUAACUUCUGGAGCAGUUAUUCGAGGUUCUUUGCAUCUAGUUGAUCUGGCAGGAAGUGAAAGAGUUGACAAAUCUGAGGUGACGGGAGCUGGAUUAAAAGAGGCACAACAUAUUAACAAAUCUCUAUCUGCAUUAGGAGAUGUGAUUGCUUCCCUUGCUCAAAAAAAUUCUCAUGUUCCUUAUAGAAACAGUAAACUCACUCAACUGCUGCAAGAUUCUCUUGGCGGGCAAGCAAAGACGCUAAUGUUUGUUCACAUAAGUCCCGAGCCUGAAGCUCAAGGAGAAACAAUUAGUACACUCAAAUUUGCUGAGCGGGUUUCUACUGUUGAGCUUGGUGCUGCUCGGGUUAACAAAGAAAGCUCAGAUGUCAAAGAGCUAAGGGAACAGAUUGCUAACCUUAAGGCAGCUUUAGCAAGGAAGGAGGGAGAAUCAGAGCACCAAACGUAUUCCAGACCCAGCAGCCCAGAGAGACUCAAAAUGAAGUCUCGUGGGUCUUCUCCUUCACUUCCAAGUUUGCGGAGUGUGGCAGACAUGUCUGGCAGUCGCAGGCAACCAAUGGAAGAUGUUGGUAACAUACAGGUUCGAAACAACUCUGCACUAAAGCCAAGAAGGCAAAGCUUUGAUCUCCAUGAUUUGGCGAAAGCCUCAGCUGCCUGGAAAACUGGCAGUAGUCCUGCGAUGAGCUCCCAAAAGGAAGAUGAGGGAGAAAUAGGCUCUGGUGAUUGGGUUGAUAAGGCCAUGCUGAACAAGCAAUACAAUGUAAGUAGAGACAGGAACUCGCCAGGAAGUUGGGAAGAAGACAACAGACAAUUGCCCGAAAUGUUUUUCCAAACUCAUCUCCCAAACCCCGCAAAGAUAUACCCUGAACAACCUUUCAAUAAAUUUUCAACAAACCAGAAGGAUGGUAGAGACUACGAUGGACAGAGGAAUCGGUUUGAAGUAGCCACCGAUGAUUCAGAUGAGCUUGAAGCUGCAACAAGUGAUUGUUCUGAGCAAGACUUGCUUUGGCAACAACUGAAUCUUCCCAGAGUCUCGAACAUUCCUAAUGGGUUGGGGUCAAAAAACAAGAGAACCAAUUCAAAGCUAGUAAAAAGCCCAGAAAAAAGGAGCUUAAUACCAUCAUUGGGUACUUCAGCAUCACGGAAACUACCCAUUGGAAUCAGUCCACCAUUGCACAGAAGGCAGGCAGUUACCGUUGAUGGGAAGCAGAGAACUGGGAAUGCAAAGUGAGAAUGCAGUCUGUUUCCAGAACAUGGUUUUAUGAUUUUGUUUUUGGUUUUGAAUUUAUAGUUAGGGAGAGAGAGAGAAAGAGAGAGAGGUUUUCUCACAUAUCAGAAUGGCAACAAUUCCAGUUGCCUGUGUUUUUAUCCAGUGGUGAUGGGGAUGGUUAUGGUGCCUCCUGCUGCCUGGUUUUUCGGUUUGUUUAUAUGAGUGUUCUUACUAUAAAGGAGAAAAGAAAAAGGAAGAUGACAAGUUGAGAGUCAAAAGAAAUGUAGAGUUCUCUUACAUACACAUUUUUAUGUCCUGUGUGUUGUGUUGAUGAUCUUUUUCCCAACCAAACUUGAAUUCUGGAUUGGAAAUGAGAGAAAAGAAAAGACAGUAAGCAGCAGAAAGAAAACU